CCCUAGCAAAAACAAAAAAACAAAACGAUGCAAAGUCAUUACAACCCAACCGAACAGACGUGGUACGGUGAAAGCUUACCGUCCGUACUCAAUCCGGCCGCCGGUAUUGGCCGCAUCGUGCUCGAUGUGCUCGCCCGCUCGCCCGACCGCGUCAUCCAGAUCAAUGCCGACACGGGCCGGCAAACGACGUGCGGCGAGAUGAGGCGGCGCAUCGUUCGGGUCGCACUGCACCUGCGUCGCCUUGGUUACCGGCGCGGUGACUUUGUCAGCCUUGCCUGCGGCAACGGCGAGCAGGUCGUGCCGGUGCUGAUCGGCUGCUGGGUACUGGGGCUGGCCGUCAAUCCCCUUGCGCCCGUCUUCGAGAAGGCCGACUUUGUGCACAUGAUGAAGCAAACGCAAUCGGGGCUGGUGUUUUGCGAUCCGGCCAAUGCGGGCGUGGUGCGGGAAGCGGUCCACGAAGCGAUUACGCACGGUGCGCAACUGUUUGCGAUGGGACCGGCAGCGGAGGGGGUUCAUCGGUCGGUGGACGAGCUGCUGGAACCGAUCGACGGGGAGGAGUGCUUUCGGGCGGAGUAUUUGGGCGACGCGUCCAAGCUGCUGGCGAUGGUGCUGUGCUCAUCCGGCACGACCGGCCUGCCCAAGGGUGUCUGUCUGUCGCACGCGCACUUUGUCGAUGGAAUGGUCUUUUCCACCGACGCUUCCGACGGUCCCAUCUUCAACUUUAGCUCGCUGUUCUGGGCGACCGGCAUCUUUGCCGUGAUGACCUCGCUGCUGCACAGCCGGCCGCGCGUUCUCACCAGCAAACCCUACCAGCCGGACCUGCUGCUCGAUCUGAUUGAAACGUAUCGCAUCGAGAAUCUGUUCACCCCUCCCUCGUACGUGUCGACCCUGCUGGCCCACCCUCGCACUGCCCGGGCCGAUCUGAGCAGCGUUCGCCAGUGGCAGCUCGGUGGUUCCCGCGUACCGACGGAAAUGACACUGCGCCUGCAGAAGCUGCUUCCCCAGGGGCACACGCGCUCCAUCUACGGCAGCUCCGAGAUUGGGUUUAUCACGCGCAAUGACGUCACGGUGAAGCCGGGCUCGGUCGGUCCGCUCACUACGAACGUCCAGUGCCGGGUGUUGGAUGAGGAUGGCCAACCGGUCGGGGUAGGAGUUGCCGGCGAGCUUGUACUACGCCAUCGGUACAUGUUUCUGGGUUACCUGCACAAUCCGGAAGCGACCGCGAACGCACUGACCGAGGACGGGUUCUUCCGGAGCGGCGACAUCGGGUACAUCGAUGCGGACGGCAGCCUGUACGUGGUCGAUCGCAUCAAGGACAUCAUCAAGUACAACAACUACCAGGUGUCGCCGUCCGAUCUGGAGUGCAUCAUACAGCGCAUGGACGGGGUGAAGCAGGUGUGCGUGAUCGGGGUGCCGGCGCCGGACGGUUCGAGCGAUCUGCCGAUGGCGGUGGUCGAGCGGAAGGUGGCCGGCGGUGGUGGUGGUGCGACGCCGCUGCGUGAGGAGGACAUUGUGCGGCAUGUCGAGGGACAGGUGGCGGACUUCAAGCGGCUGCGGGGCGGGGUGCGGUUCGUGGACAGCUUCCCGAUGACGCCGUCCGGAAAGAUACUGAGGCGUGCGGUAAAACAGAUGAUUAAUGAUUCGAAAUGAAGUAGAUAGUUUUAAUUCAAAAUUUAUUAUUUUACACUCAAAUUGUAAGAUGACUUCCGAAGUCAAUUCUUACGCUUCGACAGGAAAUUAUAUGGUAUUUAGGAUAUUUUCUUCGUAUGAUAACAAUUAUUGUAAGUGAUUAAAGAAGUGUUGAAAAACAA